AACUGAGAUUGAGCUAGCUAGCUAUUGAGCUAUGGCCAGCUUGAGGUUUAUAAAAGGCUACAUUUGCACCCACUCAUGGCUAUGACAAGUUCAAUACUUACAUGAGCAACAUUGAUCUCCAGCAACCAUGAAGAAAACAGUGCUAAAAGUCAAUAUCAAUUGCAUGAAAUGCCAGACGGAGGUGCUGAAAACCGCUGCCAAGCUUGAAGGCAUUGAUGAGAUAGCAGUUGAUAUUGCGAAGGGAACACUAACAGUAAUUGGAGUUGUAGACCCAGUGCUGGUGGCUAAAAAACUCAGAAAAUCUGGAAAAAUGGUAGAAGUCGUUAGUGUUGGGCCGCCUAAGAAAGAGCCAGACGAAGAAAAAGUAGAUUAUAUAACAGUUGGCUUCCCUAGUUGUUGCAAGGAAUGUGAGCUUGUUGCCUUUGGCUUUCCCCCCCAUUAUCAGGCUCAGAUUUGCUCCAUUCUUUGAAGAAACGCAGCCCUUCAGCUGAUAUAUAUUAUGCGAUAUUCUAAUAAGCUCUGCAUCUUAUAUUUUCAAGAUCAUAUUGACUUGUAUUUGCUAAUGUCAAAACAAUGAUCUAGUUGUCUGACUUCCUCGUUUUGUAACAAGCAUGUUGCUUGAUGAGAAGGGACUAAGAAACAUAUUCACUGCCCCUUGCACCAUCAAUGCAUGGCAGGUUCAUUUUUUUUCCUUUUCUUCUCAGGUCUUGAAGGUAAGGGUUUUUUCGGUGUUGUAUUCUCAUAUCAAAACUAAGUGUGUUUGUUCAUGUUCAAACUCGGUUGACCGCAAAAA